GGCAGCACAAAACAUACCGUUUUAAAUUUAACUUUUUUGUGAAAUAUAUUAUUUAAACAAAUUAAAUCAAUUACAAAUAAAAUGGAAUCAAUAAAUGUUCAGAAUAAAAAAACGGAAGAAGACAAUUGCUUCAUCGAAGAACAGAAAUUGAACAACAAUGAAAAUGUUAAAAAUUUAAUAAAUGAAACAAAUGAAGACGCUUGCAUGACGGAUAUUACUUCGGCUGAAGAAUAUUUAGAAAAGAAAAAUGUAAUUCUUUUACCUUAUGAAAAACAAAUUUUUUUAGAUAUGAUUCAAUCAGACGCAUUAAUGAUCUGUGCAAGAGGGAUUUCUUAUGAUCGUCCAUUAAUUCAUAUAUUAAGAGCUUACAGUGAUUUUGCCAACUUAAUAUUAGUCAUUAAUAGCUCAGAUUGGGAAGAAGAAUAUUAUAAAUCACAGUUAGAAAAAAAAUAUAUUCGUGAAGUAUCUAAUUCCGUAAAUGAAAGGGAAAUUACAUAUUUGGAGGGUGGAAUACAAUUUGUUUCUACUAGGAUUUUGGUUGUUGAUUUACUAAAAAAUAGAGUACCAAUUGAUUUAAUAACUGGAAUUGUGGUUCUACGAGCACAUACAAUAGUAGAAUCAUGUCAAGAAGCCUUUGCUCUCCGUUUAUAUCGGCAAAAAAAUAAAACAGGAUUUAUAAAAGCAUUUUCACAAAGUCCAGAAUCUUUUACAAUCGGAUGGAGCCAUGUAGAACGCACAAUGAGGAAUUUAUUUGUUAAGGAAUUAUUUCUUUGGCCAAGAUUUCAUGCUACUAUUCAACAUUCAAUAAAACCUUAUGAAUCUCAAGCUAUAGAAUUUCACGUUCCAAUGACUAUAAAUAUGACUAAAAUCCAGGCACACAUCUUGGAUAUUAUGAAUUAUUUAAUAAAAGAAGUAAAGAGAAUUAACAGAUAUGUCGAUUUAGAGGAAGUUACUGCUGAAAAUUGUGUUACCAAAAAAUUUCAUAAAAUUUUACAAGCUCAAUUAGAUCCUAUAUGGCAUCGUUUAAAUUCUCAGACAAAAUUAAUUAUUUCCGAUCUAAAAGUUUUAAGAAACCUAAUUAUAUCUACUAUAUAUGGCGAUGCUGUAAGUUCUUUCAACCUUACAAGAAAAUACAGAACAACAGAAUAUGCGAUGAAUAAUUCUGGUUGGACUUUGCUUGAUGCAGCCGAAAAUUUAUUUAGUAUUUCCAAAAAUCGAGUAUAUAAUUCACAAGGCGAAUUUGAGCCAGAGCAUUGUCCCAAGUGGAAAGCACUAUCAGAAAUAUUAAGAGUUGAAAUACCAAACGAUAUCAAGACCAAUAACAAAUCAAAUUCUGAACCGGUAAAAGUGUUAAUUUUAUGUCAAGACGCUAAGACGUGCUAUCAACUUAAUCAGUUUCUAAUGGAAGGUCCUGAGCGUUGCCUAUUUACGACGGCAAUACGGGCAGAUGUUCCUAUUAUAAAAUUGUCUGAUGUGUACAAAGAAUUUUCACAUAACAAAAUCAAAAGAGAAGUCGAUAGCACCUUCAAACAAAAAAGCAAAGGAAAAUGUGCUCAACAAUCUGAUAUUAACCUAGAUAAAAAACAAGAAGAAAAUGUAGAAAAAUUUGAAGAAGAUGAUCUUGAUCAUAUUUUGAAUAAGGGUGAUGCUCAACCUGAAUCUGAUCUUUUUCAGGAAAGCUAUAUUUUAACAAUGACUCAGAAUAUAGAUGUGGAAAAAGAGUCUAUUUCUGACACAGAUGACGAUAUCAAGCAUGAGCAGUCGGUUUUUGAACCAUUUCCAGAGAUGGAAAACCUUGACCUUACAACCGCAAUUUCAGCAUCUUCAAAAAAAAUGCAACCAAUGAUUUGUAUUCAGACUUUUAAAACCCAAAAAGACGGUGCAAAAGGAUUAGAUCGAACAUUAAAUGAAUUUCAGCCGCAGUAUGUUGUGAUGUAUCAUUGCAAUGUUACAGCAGUCAGGCAAUUAGAAGUGCACGAAGCGACGCUAAGAAGAAAACCAAAAGAGAGAAUGCGAAUUUUUUUCUUGUUCCAUUCAAAAACAAUAGAAGAGCAAUCAUAUUUAACAAGUUUAAGAAGAGAAAAACAAGCUUUUGAAUUAUUAAUUGAUACCAAAAAGACAAUGUUGAUUCCAGAAUAUCAAGAUGGUAAGACAGAUGAAGCUUUUGAAAUCCUUAAGCCAAUUGAUCAUGAUGAGCUUGACGUUUGGGGAAUGAAACAAAGUAGUCGUAAAGCUGGCGGGCAGGAAUCGCAAGAAAAAAAAGAAGAGCUUGUACAUCCGAAAAUUAUAGUUGAUAUGCGAGAAUUUCGAUCUGACUUACCUUGCCUAAUACAUCGCCGUGGAUUGCAAGUUAUUCCGUUAACAAUUACUAUUGGAGAUUACAUCUUAACCCCAGAGAUUUGUGUUGAAAGGAAAUCUAUAUCGGAUUUAAUUGGGUCAUUAAAUUCUGGUCGCCUAUAUAAUCAAUGUAUUCAAAUGCAAAGAUUUUAUGCAAAACCUAUUCUAUUAAUAGAAUUUGAUCAAAACAAACCAUUCCACUUGCAGAAUAAAUUCAUGUUAUCAGGAGUUUCAACUGUUUCAUCUAACGCUGAUGUUGUUCAAAGAUUGCAACUAUUAACUUUACAUUUUCCUAAAUUACGUUUAAUAUGGUCUCCAAGUCCAUAUGCUACAGCACAACUUUUUGAAGAGUUAAAGCAUGGUAAAGAGGAACCGGAUAGCAUGGCGGCUGUCGCUCUUGGUAAUGAUGACUCGUCACAAUUUGAGGUUGAUAUUUUUAACUCAAAUAUUUAUGAUUUUAUGACACGUUUACCUGGUGUGAAUUCAAAAAAUAUUCAUAAAAUCAUGAGAAACGGUGGAAGCUUAAAAGAAUUGUUAAAAAAAACUGUCGAAGAGCUAUCUGAGUUGUGUAAUUCAGAGACGGACGGAAAGCUGCUUUGGGAUAGCCUACAUGUUUCACAUUUACCUGAUAAAGAUAAGGAGCCAAUGACUUCGUCCAUUCCAAAUGCAAAUCCGUCAACUUCUGGUUAUGUAAGUGGUAAAAUAUUCAAAAAACUAGGUAGAGGUAGAGUGGCAAGUUGUAGCGGAAGAGGAAAUAAUAGGGGUUUCAACAGAGGUGCAAAAAAAUUUUAAAUACUGUUAUGUAUAUAUGAGCAUCUUUUAUUAAAGAAAAAUGAU